UCAAAUGUUCCGGAAGGUGUCACGAAAACUGAGGAUUGAUGAGUAUUUCUGGAGAACCUUUGGAACACACACUCUCGCUUCACGGCGAAAGAGCGCAGAUCCGCGCGCACCAGAGCGCACGCCGCGUCAACUCGCAACUCUCUUUCGGAUCAUUCUUGGGAUUAUGUUUUCGUUCAAGUUCUCCAAAGUGAAACCAGGAGAGGGUUUUGCUACCGUAAGUUUUUUCAGGUUGAUCUAAAUUUUUGUUCACAGUGAAACUUUGAACAUAUGGAGACGAUGUGUUCAUCUGGGAACCUCAGCCUGGUCUGUGUGCUGCUGCUACUGCUGGGCUUGUGGAGCGGUGGGGGUUUGGCCAUUAGCUCCAUAGACCCUGAUCGAUCAGGAGACGGGGCAUGUCAGCACAUCAACAUCCCCUUGUGUAAGGACAUUGGCUACAACAUGACCCGCAUGCCAAACCUGAUGGGCCACGAGGACCAGAAAGAAGCAGCCAUCAAGCUGCACGAGUUCGCCCCCCUCAUAGAGUUUGGAUGCCACAGCCACCUCAAAUUCUUCCUGUGUUCCCUGUAUGCUCCCAUGUGCACGGAGCAGGUGUCCAAUCCCAUCCCGGCGUGCAGAGUCAUGUGUGAGCAGGUCAAGAUGAAGUGCUCCCCCAUCCUGGAGCAGUUUAACUUCCCCUGGCCCAACUCUCUGGAUUGUUCCAGGCUGCCGACCCAAAACGACCCCAACAACCUGUGCAUGGAGGCGCCCAACAAUGGCUCAGACGAGCCGCCAAAAGUGUCCCACACCCAGCCACCUGACUUCAGGCCGCAGCGGCCUCUGGGCGGACAGGACCUGCAGCUCAAAGACAGCAGCAGCAAGCAGGCGUGCAGCAACCCGGGGAAAUUCCACUUUGUGGAGAAGAGCGAGUCAUGUGCGCCCAAAUGUUACCCUAAAGUGGAUGUGUAUUGGAGUCAAGGAGACAAGCAGUUCUCUCUGGUGUGGAUGGCUGUCUGGUCGAUCCUGUGCUUCGUCUCCAGCUCCUUCACGGUGCUCACGUUCCUCAUCGAUCCGCAACGCUUCAAAUACCCAGAGCGGCCGAUCAUCUUUCUCUCGAUGUCGUACUGUGUUUACUCCGUGGGCUAUCUCAUACGACUUUUUGUGGGAGCCGACAGAAUCGCCUGUGACAGAGACAACGGCGUGCAGUACGUUAUCCAGGAGGGUCUGGAGAGCACGGGCUGCACCAUCGUGUUCCUCAUCCUGUAUUACUUUGGCAUGGCCAGCUCUCUCUGGUGGGUCAUCUUGACCCUCACCUGGUUCCUGGCUGCUGGGAAAAAAUGGGGCCAUGAAGCCAUAGAGGCAAACAGCAGCUACUUCCACCUGGCAGCGUGGGCCAUCCCUGCCGUGAAGACCAUCAUGAUCCUGGUGAUGAGGAAGGUGGCCGGAGAUGAGCUGACGGGUGUCUGCUAUGUGGGCAGCAUGGAUGUCAAAGCUCUCACGGGCUUCGUGCUCAUACCGCUCUCCUGCUACCUCAUCAUCGGCACCUCUUUCCUGCUGUCUGGUUUUGUGGCGCUGUUCCACAUCCGUAAGAUCAUGAAGACAGAGGGGGAGAACACGGACAAGCUGGAGAAACUGAUGGUUCGCAUCGGCGUCUUCUCCAUGCUCUACACCGUCCCGGCCACCUGCGUCAUCGCCUGCUAUUUCUACGAGCGGCUCAACAUGGACUACUGGCGCAUCCUGGCAAGGGAGCAGAAGUGCGUGGAUGGCAGCACGUUGGAUUCAAAUGAGUGUGUCAUGAAGGCUUCCAUCCCAGUGGUGGAAAUCUUCAUGGUGAAGAUCUUCAUGCUGUUGGUGGUGGGCAUCACCAGCGGCAUGUGGAUCUGGACAUCAAAGACGCUGCAGUCAUGGCAGAACGUCUUCAGCCAGAAAUUGAAGAAGAGGACGAGGAGGAAGGCGGCCAGCGUGUUUGCCGAAAGCCGACCGUACAUCAAGCCUCACCCGUCCCUCAAGGGGCACAAGUAUGAACCCGCGCGGUCCCCUCCCACAUGCGUGUGAGCCGGCGGGCCAUACCUGAAGCAGACUCGGAUCACCGGUGCCCUCAAACAACACAAGAGUCACGUUUUAUUUAUGCAAACUCCACUGAACAUAAUGCAAUAUUUCUAAGUAUCUUGAGCCAUCUCCUGCCUUUUUUGGGAGGGGGAACUACUCCUGGAUUCUCUUUUCUCCCAUUGAAGGGGCAAAAUUCUUAUCAUUCUCUCACAAAAAGUGGAUUGAACUGUUUGGGUGUGCCGUAGGUCCGCGUGAAUAAUGUGCAAUACGUGUUUUCCUUCCAGGCAAAAAAGAAAAAAGACACUUGUACUGUUGGUGAGGGUGGAAAGUGGUUGCACACGGCGGAGGCAAACCGUGGCAGAGACGAGUGUCAUGUUUGAGGCUUUUUAAUGUAAAUGGGGGCCGUGUCAUAUAUGUUUGAAGAGGAGGGAGAGCAGCUGUUGAAAGGAGCUCAGACCUUGUGAACUGCCCUUUGUGAGGCAAAUCCGUGCCAUAAAUUAAUCAAGCACUGCUCGCUGGAAAGUGCACAGACUGUUUUUUCUGUUUUAUAGCACCAGGGAGCGUUUGUAUAUAUUUCUAAAAGUCCAGAUUUUAUAGAAAAUUAAUAAAACGUUCUAGUUUUAAAUGG